CCUAGCAAGAACUAAUCUGAUAAAUGUAUCGUGGCCACACAUUAAAAUUCAUGUUCCUUUGUUGGUUGAGACUUACACUUCAGAGGUGGUUGUGCGUUUAGAUGUUUUGGCAUCUAAAUGUAGUCCUCAUGAGAAUAAUACCUACCCCAUUACAGUGAAUCUUCUUUAUUUGGGACCCAGCUUACCACUGUGGCCAGAAAUGUCUUCUUGGCAGUAUUCUGACAUUGUAUUUACUAAGGAGUUACCAGAAUGGUUAUUUCACAAUUUUGAGGAUAUCACCUUAGAAUGUAACAUCUUUGAUAGAGCAGGAUUUUAUCAGAUCCAAGUCUUACAAAUUUCAUAUUAUAAUCCUCUUUUUGUGAAAAGCGAGUGGAUCCAAGCAAUUUGGAGUACCCGUUAUUCUCUGAAGGUUCCAAACAUAUCAUUUACUUCGUGCCCUGAUAGAGGAGUAGCCGUCCAAUACCAUUAUCCACGAUGUGUUCUUGGUAGAGACCUAAUAAGAGUCUUUGGUAGUUCACAGAAACUAGGAGUAAUUACUGGAACAGACUAUAUUUUUGAAAGCAAGAUCAAAGUAGGAAGUUACACAUCUUUGUUUCCAUGUGAUAUAUUCCUCUCUGGAUAUGAAAUAUACUGUUUCACUUAUGUCAGCAUGGGAAGAAAUGGAGCAGUGUUUGACAUAAAAAAUGUCUGUGUACCAAAUGACUUAGAUGCUGUGAGAAAUCAGUAUGUUUGGACAUCUUGGAGUUCUUGGACUGGCUGUUCAGCUGUAUGUGGAGUAGGAGUUCGUAGCCGAUACAGAUUAUGUGCCAAAGCUUUCCACUGUGAAGGCUCCAGCAUAGAAACAAAAUCUUGCCAAGUUACCAAUUGCCCAGAAACCACAACAUUUCUGUCAGACUCAUUCUAUCAAGUGAUGUGCAAUUGUAGCUGCACAGUCAAUGUUACUGGGAAAGGAAUGUUGCUAGCAUAUGCUUCUUUGAAAUCUUGCAGACACACACCUGUAUGGUUGUUGAAAGCAAUGCCAACUGGGACAAUUUCAGUACAAUUUCAUGAAAUCAAUUUUAACACAAAAAAUGUAUGGCUAGUCACACGAGAUGGAAACUCAAAAGUUGGAAUUUUGCUGAAUGUUUUAAAAAGUGUUUCUAGUGAGAAAAUCUUUUCUCAGAGCCCCAUCCUUCAAAUUGAGCUUCAAACUGCAUAUUAUUCAGGUGAUGAAAUUGUGGAAUUCAAAGCUGAGUUCAACAGAAUAGGAAAAAAAAGUAUAGUGCCAUUGAAUGGUUUUCCUGCACAAUCUUCAAAAGAAUUAAGUUCUGUCCACUUAGUGAUUAUAAUAUUUGUGUCAGUUCUUUUUGGUGUGAUACUUUUAUUAUUGCUUCUUCAACAGCUUCAUUUCUCUUAUCGUCAGAAAACUACAAGCUUUCUCUGUAGUUCCACUUGCUCUUCUUUAACAACCAUUACAAAAUCGUGCAGUAAUGUUAAUGCACCAGAUGUAGCAACAUCUCUUUCAGAACUCUCCUGCUCUCCUACUAUAUCUUGGCAAGACAAAGGAAGACCAUCUGGCAAUUCUAGUCCAGAAGAUUUUCUGCAAGAUACUUUCCUGUUUCAUUCUACAUCUAGCGUAUACACCAUAAUGCCUCAACAAAACUCAUGCACCGAGGUAGAAAAGGCUAAUGAUAGUUCUUUUGCUCAACCUACAGUACAGAAUAGUAAUGAAACAAAAACACCAUGUCCUUCAGUAAAACCUAAAAAAUCCAUCCUCAAAACAUCUAAGCAUAUCACUAGUCAUGUGGAAAAGAAAAAUAAGAAACCAUCAUAUUCUCCUUCUCUUGCUAAAGUAAUUAGAAAUAAUUGUGCUACUGUCAAAAAUGCCUUGUCUGAGACAUCUGUAGCAUUGUCAGAAGAUGGCUUUGAAUAUGACUACUAUGAUUAUACAUGUCACGAUAUUCCUGGUUCAUUCUUUUGCUCAAAUCCAGCAUUUAUGGACUGGCCACCUUUUAUCCCCAUUCCUCCAAAUUCUGUUCUGCCAGAUGUUCUUUUACAACAGUCAUCUCCAACCCAUUCAUCCAACUUAAAUAACUUAGAGUCUUCUCUAUAAAACCAGCACAGCAGCCUGUAGGUGCAAUCCAUAUAUGAUGUAAUA